AUGUCAACAGAGGAAACAAAAAAAGAGCAAGCACUUCAAAAUUAUAGAGAUCGUUUAAUAGAACAUAAAAAUGCAGAACUUAGAUUAAAUAAAGCUCACGAACUUAUUAAAAAAUUAAAAAAAGAUUUUCAAAAAACAGAGGAUCACAUUAAAACUAUUCAAUAUAUUGGUGAAAUAAUUGGUGAAGUUUUAAGAUCAUUAGAUGAAGAAAGAUUUAUUGUUAAAGCAUGUAAUGGACCAAGAUAUGUUGUUAGAUGUGCAAAUUAUCAAGAUAAAGCACAUUUAUUAGUACCAGGUGCACGUGUUACAUUAGAUUUAACAACAUUAACAAUUUUAAAGAUAUUACCACGUGAAGUUGAUCCAAUCAUUUUCAAUAUGACAGCUGAAUCACCAGGUAGUGUAUCGUAUGGUGAAAUUGGUGGAUUAAGUAAUCAAAUCAGAGAGUUAAGAGAAGUUGUAGAGUUACCAUUGAUGAUUCCAGAGUUAUUUAUUCGUGUUGGUAUUAAAGCACCAAAGGGUGUAUUAUUGUAUGGUCCACCAGGUACUGGUAAGACAUUGUUAGCUCGUGCUAUCGCAUCAAAUUUAGAGGCAAAUUUCUUAAAGGUUGUUUCAUCUGCAAUCGUUGAUAAAUACAUUGGUGAGAGUGCUCGUGUAAUUCGUGAGAUGUUUGGUUAUGCUCGUGAUCAUCAACCAUGUGUGAUCUUUAUGGAUGAAAUCGAUGCAAUUGGUGGUAGACGUUUCUCAGAGGGUACUUCUGCAGAUCGUGAAAUUCAAAGAACACUCAUGGAAUUAUUAAAUCAAAUGGAUGGUUUCGAUACUCUCUCAAAGGUUAAAAUCAUCAUGGCUACAAAUCGUCCUGAUGUUUUAGAUCCUGCCCUCCUUCGUCCAGGUCGUUUAGAUAGAAAAAUAGAAAUUCCUUUACCAAAUGAAGCUGGUCGUGUCGAUGUUCUUAAAAUUCAUGCUGCAAAUAUCACCAAACAUGGUGAUGUAGAUUAUGAAGCUAUCGCUAAAUUAGCUGAUGGUUUCAAUGCUGCUGAUUUACGUAAUGUAUGUACUGAAGCUGGUAUGUUUGCAAUUAGAGCUGAAAGAGAUUAUGUAAUGGAAGAAGACUUUAUGAAAGCUGUUAGAAAAUGUCAAGAAGCAAAGAAAUUAGAAGGUAAACUCGAUUAUCAAAAAGUUUAA